CUCCUCGCGUGCAGUAGGUGGCAGUAAAAACCUCUUAAUGAGCAAACCAGCACAACAAAGCAAAAGACUGGGAAGUGUUAUAAAUGUGUUAGCAGUGCAGUUUUAUGACUUUCUUGGUCGUUUAUUGAAUAUUCAUCGCAUUUUCUGACAAAAGCCCACGCUUUAUUCUCAUACCCACAAAAAAAUAUAUUUCCCGCAACGAUCAACGCAACUUCACAACUUGUUAGCUAGCAGUGUUUGCUAGCUUCGUCUGGCUACGUCCAGAAUCACAAGCAGGUAAAUCUAGCCGAGUAUGGCCGAGAACGCAAACAGUGCAGCAGGUCUUCCUCCAGGAGAUCCUCAGCUAAUCGCGCUAAUCGUGGAACAUCUGAAGAACCGCGGUGUUUUCGACGAGUUCAGAAGGGACUGCCUGGCAGACGUGGACACCAAGCCAGCUUAUCAGAAUUUACGGCAGAAGGUGGACAACUAUGUAGCUAAUCACCUGAGCACGCAGGAGUGGAGUCCCUCCAUCAACAAAAACCAAGUGCGCAACGGGCUGCGACAGAGCGUAGUGCAGUCUGGAAUGUUGGAGUCGGGUGUGGACCGAAUUAUAACUCAGGUGGUGGAUCCUAAGCUGAACCAUAUUUUCCGGCCACACAUUGAGAAAGCUAUCCACGACUUCCUGGCCUCUGAGAAAAAAGAAGAGUCGAAUUCAUCGACUGAGAUGGAGCUGCAGGAUGCUGGCAGCAACAACACCACAGCAAAGACACUUGUCCAGACACGAGGCAUUCUUCUCCUUGAUGCUGCCUCCCCAGCACAUCGCCGCAUAGAAGAGGGCACUCGCCUGAACAGUCUGAUAGAACAUCUGCAGCAGCUAUUUGCAGAUGUUGAAAUAAUCCAGCCUUCGGAGGAAGUACAACCGGCUCUGUCCUCUCCUGCACAGAGUGUCCGUGUUAGCAGUCAAGUCCAGUUUAUCAUCCAGCUGCACUCCCAGGUAGCUGCUGUUGACGGUUAUGCCCCAGGAACCCGAAGGCGCACUGAAAGAAAGCUUCUGCGUUUUCAGACAGUUUCAUUGCUCCUGCCAGACAUGUAUGUGAAACUGGCUGUAGUGCUGCUGGUGUUGAGUUUGCAGCGCAGAGUCCACGCUACGGAUUCCGCCGACCUUCAGGACACCUCCUCCCAGGAGAGGCCUCUGAACAUCCAGAAAAGACGAUUAUCCCUACAGGAUACAGUGGAGAUCCAGCAGUGUCUGCUGAGCGCAGGAGAUGUCGGCUGCGGAACAUUUCAGUGCUUUACGAACAACUCCUGCGAGAUCCGCGGACUGCACGACAUCUGCAUAAGCUUCCUGCACAACGCCGGCAAGUUCGACUCUCAGGGCAAAUUAUUCAUCAAGGACGCAUUAAAGUGCAUGGCACACGGGUUACGGCACAAGUUCAGCUGCGUCAGUCGCAAGUGUGUUUCCGUGAAGGAAAUGGUGUUUCAGCUGCAACGGGAGUGCUACAACAAACAUAACCUCUGCUCGGUGGUCAGGGAGAACAUCCAUGUCAUGACGGAGAUGAUCCAUUUCCAGGAUCUCUUUCCCAAAGGGCCUCAUGUGGAACUGGUGAACAUCAUGUUGGGUUGUGGUGAGGAGGUUCGUGUGGCCAUUACCCGCCGUAUCCACGCCCAAUGUGAACAGAACUGGGGUGCACUGUGUGCCAGCCUGAGUUUUUGCUUGCCAGCCCACACCAGGAUCCAGACUGUGCCUACACUCACUCCUGUGCCUGCUCUCAGCAGCGCCAACUUCCUGCCUCCUGCUGGUCCUCCUCUCCCACAGCCUAAUAGACAGCAGGUUUAGAUACUUCACAAAGAAAAUGAGGGCCUUACUUCAGCCUUCAGUGCCUCGAUUGCACGAUAGUGCAACACAUCUAAUGGCCGACGAUUCAAACGGGUCUGCUAAUGACACUCAAACUACAGUAUUGUAUGCAUAGUGUUUAAAAGUAGUAGUAUCUACACUAUACUAUCUACAGUGGGAUUGUGCACUUUGCAUCUAAAAUAUUAGGAUGGUAGCAACCCAUUAAGUGACAUUUCCAGCUGCAUUAAUACAAAACUGAAGCCUCUUCAUGUUUCUGUUCAACAAACUGAGGAAAGUCUAGUGUGAAAAAUGGUGUCAAGACAGGACUCUAUACUCAGCAGCAGAGGUUUAAGUGAACACAGAAGAUACAAAUGGCUCAUUUAAUCAGUUAUGAAUGUAAAUUCAUGGUGCUCUUUCUCAGUAGCACAGUCUGUUACAAGCUCUGAUCCACAUUUAGUUUUUUUUGUACCUUCUUCUCUCAUGCCAAAGGUGAAUCAUGCUUGGGAAUGUCUAUCUUAGUUACACUGAAUAUAAUGUUUCUGGGUAAUGCAAAGCAUUAAAUAAAAUCCGGUGGCAAUCAAUGUGGUAGAAAAAAAAUGGGAUUUACAACUAUGACAUCUACUGAAAUAUUCAGCCACGUAACAGCCAUUAAAUAAAAAUAAACAGGUUUAUUGAGUUUUAUUAAAAAUGGUAACUUAUGUUAUAUGUAUACAGACAUUUUUCUACUAUAUAUGUGAUAGAUAUCAAGUUAAAUUUAUAAGAUUUUUUUUAAUGAUUAUUAUUAUUCCAAGGAUUGAAGUAAAACUGUAUAAAAUAAUUAUAAGCAGAAUUUGAAACUACAGUUAUCUUUUGUACCUACCUCAUCCUUUUAACAUUUAAUUAUUAAGGCAAUAUUUUACAUGUACAGAGGUCAAUUUCUCUGUUCAAAUGUUCAACAAUUUUGUUUAUUUAUUUCUAUGUUUCAAAUGUUAUGCAUGAUUAUUUUUCAGGUUCAACAGCACCAACUUAAGAUGUUAUUUCAAUGUAUUUUCUAUAUCACUUGUAUUGUUGUAUUAUUUAUACAUUUACAUGCUGUUGUCUCAAUUAUUUAUGUUUUACAUUUUGGUACAUGAUGACAAAACUACAUUAUAUCCACAAAUAGCCCCCC